AUGCCGUCCUCAAGGAAUUGCGACGCGUCUGCGGUCACAUGGAGAUCUCCCGGGCCACAUCCACGCCCCUCAUGCUGGGCAGCGCGUUGUUACCUUGACACUGUGAGCCGCAACGAGGCGGGCGUCCUCCGGCCACGGCACGCCAAGGACGCCCUGGACGGUGUCAGACGAUCGGCCCUUGAAGCGGCCUGCGUCUCUCUGGGACCGUACGACGCAGGCCGCUGGACGGACGGCUCGUCUUCUCUCGUUGAGCAUGCGUCUGGGUCCGCUGCGCUGCCACUUGGCUCCCCGGACAGCUGCGCUGCCACUUGGCUCCCCGGACAGCCGCGCUGCCUGUGGGGCCUCACCGCGCAGCUGCUGGCAGCCUUGCGUGCUCCUGCCGAGCGGAGCGUCCUGCCACCGAUCAUGGCCACAGACAGUUCCCAGUUCCCCGUCUGGCAGCAGCAUCCCAAUCGCCCACACGAGUUCCUGCUGCCACAGACUCCCUCUCGGCGAUGGAGUCGCUCCGCCUUGGCUCGCUGGCGGUGCGCGACGGCGUCGCCGAGAAGAUUUGUACCGUGCCGCUUUCGCUGGCGGAUCGGGGUUGCACUGUUGGCUCCACAUUUUCCCAUGACACCGCGGAGUGCCACGCAGCGUGACAGCGGACGCCAACGCCAUCAUUGCGCGAUCCCUCCCGCAGGACUGCGUCAAUGCCUGGCACGUGGGCUUCCUCACUGCAGUGAAGCGACGGGAUUGGAGGGAAGACAAGGAGGAAAAGGAAGGCGCGCACACCGCAUGACAGGCGCUUGUCGGUGUGGCAGGACUCCAUUCCUGGUUUCAACUCGGACAUCUUUCCCGAGUGGCGGCUCCGCGCACAGGCGUGAUGCGACUCCUGCCCACUCUUCGACAGGUCUGCACGCCCUGCGGAUCACAAGGAACCCUCUGUGUCGGUGGUGCCGCCCUUUCUUCACUGCGGUGACCGGCCCGCCUCUGCCUCCGCCGGAACCUCUUCCAGGCGUGAGCGCUGCAACUCCUUGCCGACCAGCGAGUGGCGGAUUGACGUCCUCCUGCCCAACCUGCGGCAGAGUGCGCUUGUCCGUCCACAGUAUGAGGGCACAUGCUCGACGUACUCGGCCUGGCGUUAUAAUAGUUUGA